CGCUCCAGUUCUCGCGAUACUGGAGACCAGGAAGACGCCUGCAGAGCCGGGCUGCUGGUGCAGCAGAGGCUGAGGCAUCAGGUGCAGCUGCAUCCGGAUCUCCUGCCUUGGCGCAUACUCCUUCUCUUCAAGUCGGGAGGCAGGAGGUGGUCAGGCCGGGGCUGUGGAGGUGCGCUGUGUCCCCUGAGGCCUAGAAGAUUCGGGCUGCGGCCUGUCGGAGCCAGUCAGGGAGGCGCCCACACUCCUGACAGGAUAAGAUGGCGGCGAUGGCGCCUGGAGGUAGUGGCAGUGGUGGCGGCGUGAAUCCAUUUCUCAGCGAUUCGGAUGAGGACGAUGACGAGGUAGCGGCAACAGAGGAACGGCGGGCAGUACUUCGGCUGGGUGCCGGAAGUGGCCUAGAUCCUGGCUCUGCGGGCUCGCUGUCGCCACAGGAUCCCGUGGCCUUAGGAAACAGUGCGCGGCCAGGGCUCCCUGGGGAGGCGUCGGCGGCUGCAGUGGCCCUGGGGGGCACCGGGGAGACCCCGGCCCGAUUGUCAAUUGAUGCGAUCGCUGCUCAGCUGUUGCGCGAUCAAUACUUGCUGACCGCCCUGGAGCUGCAUACCGAGCUGUUAGAGAGUGGCCGGGAGUUGCCUCGGCUGCGCGACUACUUCUCCAAUCCAGGCAACUUCGAGAGGCAAAGUGGAACCCCGCCGGGGAUGGGGGCGCCGGGGGUCCCAGGAGCAGCCGGCGUUGGGGGCGCUGGAGGUCGGGAACCGAGUACAACGUCGGGCGGGGGACAGCUCAAUCGAGCUGGGAGCAUUAGUACCCUUGAUUCUUUAGACUUUGCAAGAUAUUCAGAUGAUGGUAACAGGGAAACAGAUGAAAAAGUGGCAGUCCUGGAGUUUGAACUACGGAAAGCCAAGGAGACCAUUCAGGCCCUCCGAGCCAACCUGACAAAGGCCGCAGAACAUGAAGUUCCUUUACAGGAACGAAAAAAUUACAAGUCAAGUCCUGAAAUUCAGGAGCCAAUCAAACCUCUUGAAAAGAGAGCUCUAAACUUCUUAGUCAAUGAAUUUUUAUUGAAGAAUAACUACAAGCUUACAUCAAUAACCUUUUCAGAUGAAAACGAUGAUCAGGAUUUUGAAUUAUGGGAUGAUGUAGGAUUAAACAUUCCAAAACCUCCAGACUUAUUGCAACUCUACCGAGAUUUUGGAAAUCAUCAAGUGACUGGAAAAGAUCUUGUAGAUGUGGCCAGUGGAGUAGAAGAAGAUGAGUUAGAGGCCUUUACACCAGUUAUAAGCAACCUUCCUCCAACUCUUGAAACUCCCCAGCCUGCAGAGAACUCCAUGUUAGUACAGAAAUUAGAAGAUAAAAUUAGUUUGUUAAAUAGUGAGAAGUGGUCAUUGAUGGAACAAAUCAGAAGACUUAAAAGUGAAAUGGACUUCCUCAAAAAUGAACACUUUGCCAUCCCAGCAGUUUGUGACUCUGUUCAGCCUUCUUUGGAUCAGUUGCCCCACAAAGACUCUGAGAACAGUGGACAGCAUCCAGAUGUAAAUAGUUCAGACAAGGGGAAAAACACAGACAUCCAUCUUUCAAUAUCAGAUGAAGCUGAUUCCACUAUUCCUAAAGAGAAUUCCCCAAAUUCAUUCCCCAGGAGAGAAAGAGAAGGAAUGCCACCUUCGUCUCCAUCAAGUAAAAACACAGUUCAUUUUGAUAAACCCAAUAGGCAAUUGUCUCCUGCAUUCCAUCAAGCACUACUCUCUUUUUGUCGAAUGUCAGCAGAUAGUCGUUUAGGAUACGAGGUGUCUCGUAUUGCAGAUAGUGAAAAAAGCGUUAUGUUAAUGCUGGGACGCUGCCUGCCACACAUUGUUCCCAAUGUGCUAUUGGCAAAGAGGGAGAGAAUGGUUUUACACCUCUGUCAGGAGUUGAUCCCCCUCAUAUUGUGUACAGCAUGUCUACAUCCUGAACCUAAAGAGCGAGAUCAGCUUCUCCAUAUACUUUUCAAUUUGAUCAAGAGGCCAGAUGAUGAGCAAAGGCAAAUGAUACUGACAGGUUGUGUGGCAUUUGCACGUCAUGUUGGACCAACACGUGUAGAAGCUGAACUUUUACCACAGUGUUGGGAACAGAUUAAUCACAAAUACCCAGAAAGACGACUGCUUGUGGCAGAAUCCUGUGGCGCAUUGGCACCUUACCUUCCUAAAGAAAUCCGUAGCUCCUUGGUUCUUUCAAUGUUGCAACAAAUGUUAAUGGAAGAUAAGGCAGAUUUGGUAAGAGAAGCUGUUAUCAAAAGCCUUGGUAUCAUAAUGGGAUACAUUGAUGAUCCAGACAAAUAUCAUCAGGGUUUUGAAUUGUUGCUGUCAGCCUUAGGUGAUCCCUCAGAAAGAGUAGUUAGUGCUACACAUCAAGUAUUUUUACCAGCUUACGCUGCGUGGACUACAGAACUUGGAAAUUUACAGUCUCAUCUUAUACUUACACUACUGAACAAGAUUGAAAAACUUCUCAGGGAAGGAGAACAUGGGCUGGAUGAACAUAAGCUCCACAUGUAUCUUUCUGCUUUGCAGUCCUUGAUCCCAUCUCUCUUUGCAUUAGUGCUACAGAAUGCACCUUUCUCCAGCAAAGCCAAGCUUCAUGGUGAAGUGCCACAGAUAGAAGUGACUAGGUUUCCUCGGCCUAUGUCGCCUCUUCAAGAUGUGUCCACUAUUAUCGGAAGUCGUGAGCAAUUGGCAGUGCUACUACAACUUUAUGACUACCAGCUGGAACAGGAGGGUACAACAGGCUGGGAGAGUUUACUGUGGGUUGUCAAUCAAUUGUUGCCACAACUUAUAGAAAUAGUUGGCAAAAUUAAUGUUACUUCAACUGCCUGUGUCCAUGAAUUCUCCAGAUUUUUCUGGCGCCUUUGCCGGACAUUUGGCAAAAUUUUUACAAACACUAAGGUAAAACCUCAGUUCCAGGAGAUUUUGAGACUAUCUGAAGAAAACAUUGAUUCCUCAGCAGAAAAUGGGGUCCUCACUAAAGCUACAGUCCCUAUUUAUGCAACAGGAGUCCUUACGUGUUAUAUUCAGGAAGAAGACCGAAAACUGUUAGUUGGAUUCUUAGAAGAUGUAAUGACGCUGCUUUCAUUAUCUCAUGCUCCUCUGGAUAGCCUGAAGGCUUCUUUUGUGGAAUUGGGUGCAAAUCCAGCCUACCAUGAAUUACUAUUAACUGUUUUGUGGUAUGGUGUUGUCCAUACUUCAGCACUCGUCAGGUGUACUGCUGCUAGAAUGUUUGAGCUGACUCUUCGAGGCAUGAGUGAAGCGUUAGUUGACAAGCGGGUUGCUCCGGCCCUUGUUACCUUGUCCAGUGAUCCUGAAUUCUCUGUCAGGAUUGCCACAAUUCCAGCCUUUGGCACUAUUAUGGAAACAGUAAUUCAAAGAGAGUUGCUGGAAAGAGUGAAAAUGCAGUUGGCUUCUUUCCUGGAAGAUCCUCAGUAUCAAGACCAACAUUCUUUGCAUACAGAGAUCAUAAAAACAUUUGGUAGAGUUGGCCCUAACGCAGAACCCAGGUUCCGAGAUGAGUUUGUUAUACCACAUUUGCAUAAGUUAGCCUUGGUGAACAACUUACAGAUUGUGGAUUCUAAAAGACUGGACAUUGCUACGCAUCUUUUUGAAGCCUACAGUGCACUUUCCUGUUGUUUCAUUUCAGAGGACUUAAUGGUUAAUCACUUUUUACCUGGUCUCAGAUGUUUACGGACUGACAUGGAACAUCUCUCUCCAGAGCAUGAGGUUAUUUUAAGUUCCAUGAUAAAAGAAUGUGAACAGAAAGUUGAAAACAAGACCGUCCAAGAGCCUCAAGGCUCAAUGUCAAUUGCUGCAAGCUUAGUGAGUGAAGAUACAAAGACCAAGUUUUUGAACAAAAUGGGCCAGUUGACAACAUCAGGUGCCAUGUUGGCCAAUGUGUUUCAGAGAAAGAAGUAGAAGCAGGAAGGAAGCCCCCAGUAAACACUAAGAUGGACCUCAAGCCGACUGGUUCCUUGUACUUGAAGUACUUGCCUUUUUUAUUUCCUCAGUUUUAUGUUCUUGCAUUAUAAUUAUAUCCUAACCUCCAAAGAUAUUUGCACUGCUUUUAAUUACUGCUGUAUAUUUGUUGAUUUUGGAGUUACAACUGUGGUGAUAGAAAAUUGAGUUGAUGGUCUGUACCAAGUCCCUUGUCUAUGUUCUUGUCUUUCAGAAUAAUUUUUAUAUAAAUAUAUAUAUAGUGAGGAAGUUUUUUUUAAUUUUUGGAUGGGAUAUUCGCAAAUAUCUGUAUUAUACACUAAGCUAUUACAAUGGUACUUAAUGUAAAUUUGAAGUCAUUGUUAUAAAAUAAUAAAGUGGAGAUUACUUAAGUAUUUAAAUUAUGAAAGAAUAAUGCAGACUUUUUAUUGUUUCUUAACUGACUAGAAAGAGCCACCAGCAUUACUCUGUGCCUUUUGGACAUCAGUUUGUGUGUUCUGUAGGAAUUGUGUGCAUUCCAUUCACACAGUAUUUCUUUAGGAUGCUGUGAUGAUUUGAAUUACAAAUCCUACAGUAAAUAGCUAAAGAUGAAACCUUCAUUUCAGAACUCUCAUGAAUAUUUUUUAAGUGCUAUUUAAACCUCCCCAUCACUUAGAUGCAUAUAAUGGACUUACCUGAGGAAAGACAGCACACAGGCAUGGGGAGAUGUAACCAAGGUGAAUUUUACAAACUGGUGUGUAAUAGAUUUAAAUGCUCAAAAAUAAAUGUAACUGAGAAGAGUUAAUAAUUGUGAGAUUUUUCCCAAAUUGAGAUACAGAAGAAAAUAUAGUUUGAAUCUGAAAUUUAACACUUAUUUAUGUAAAACAUUUUAUUUAAGAUAUUUUCUAAUGAUUUUAAUUUUAGAGAGUACCUUUUCAUUCUGUGUGUUACAGAGAAGUACUGAAAAGUUAAGGACACUUCGGGGCUACUUUUUUUCCCUCUAAAAUAAAAAAAGACAUUGGCUAAAUUAUAACUAGUUAGUUAUCACCUUGUCCCUUAAAGUCAGUGACUUCCUGUGUUUGAUGUAUAUUACAUAGAGUCUUAAGUCGGUGUACAGUUCCACUGGAAUUUGACAGUUGUCUAUACAGUCACACAACUUGAAGUAGAAAAGAGUGCUGGACAUGGAAAGGGGGUGAUUGGUUUGAGGGGUUAAUGUGAGGCCUUUUUGAAAAAUGAAUAUUUUGAUAAAAAGAAUUCUUGUUUUAGCACAGUUGAUGCAUAUAGGUGAUUCUCAUAUUUGUUGUAUAAACUGGUUUAAUACAUUUGGAACAUAGUUGGAUUACAUUCAUUUCCUGGGAAAGCUAGCUUACCAUACAUUCAAGUUUAUAAAACAAUUUGCCAUAGGCAAAGCCAUUUAAAAAGUUCAUUCUGAAAUUAUUUCAUUUACCUACAGUGAAAUAAUUGUGAACCAAGUAGUCUUUCUGAAAACUGUUGGGUUCUAGGCAUUCCUGAGAAACUGAAAGUGGCUACCUUUCAUGUCAAAAAUGUUGAUCUGUUAUAAAUAAAAUGUUUUUGCAUAUGUU